UAUGCAAAUGAGAGAGUUGAUGAUGUCCCUCACUCACUAUUUCUUUUGUUUUUUUUAUUGUUUGAAUUAAACAAUAUUCAAUUUUUUUACAAUUUUACAAUAAGGACCAACUUGACUGAGCCAUAAAAUUUUAAAACAAUGGUAAUUGCUCAUGUUCAGGGAGGAAUAAAACUUUCUUUCAUUUGACAAUGUUGGGAAAAUUAGAAUGUCAUAUUUCAUACAAUAGAAUACAAAAAAAUAUUGGGUGGAUGACAUCAUCAAUCCCCUCAUUCGCAUACAGACCAGGAUGUGCAUGUAACUGUUUCGUGAAAUUAAGCAAAAUUAAAAAAAUCUCAUAACCUUAUAUCAAUCCGAAUUUGAUGAUAUUUUCAGUGUUAUGUAGGGACAGUGAUUUUCCGUUUCUAAAAAUUGCCUUUUCUGUUUCAGAAAAUCUCAAAUUCCGUUUCAGCAUGUCUUAAAAGGGAAAUUCCGAUUCCCCAUAGACUUUGUGUACAUGAAAAAGUGACAAUUCCGUUUACAUAGAAAACCAAUACGCAAUGAGUACUGAUGUAAAAAUGCUAGCGUUGGUCAAAAUUUGCAUCUACCAAAGUACUAACAUCACUUUAAAAUCCAUUUUAAUCGAAGAGAUUCCAGCUCAAAAACUUUUUAGAGAAACAUAAUCAACAUGAAUACAUUAUCACCUUUCAUAUUAGUAGCAUUAUUUAAUGGUUAAAUGGGAUUUUAUCGAUGAUUUGGGGACUUUUCGGACAUCGUCUUGAGCAGUCAACGACUUCCGCCUAUCCGCCAUUUGGAUUUGUUGAAUCACCGUGAUCAUUAUAUUAUGACCGAACGCAGAGGGCAGCAACACACGGCCGUAUUCUGCCUUAUAUGCGGACGUGAGUGUUAACUAAUUUAGAUAAGAUAGAGUGAUGGAGGGGCUCGAAUGUAGUUACGAUGUGUUGAUUGUCAUGAUUGUUGUUGCAAAGUGAGAUCGUGUUUUUUCAGUUGAUAUUCGUAUUUGUUAAGGAUUUGGGAUUAAUUUCUGUUGCUAUUUUGUGCAUUUUUCCGUUUGAAAAGCCACUUUCCGUUUCAAAAGGCCGAUUCCGUGAAUUCCGUCCGUUUUCAGCGAUCGCGGAAAAUCACUGUCCCUAGUUAUGCUGGUUGCAUUUUUCUCUUUUUGUUCAAAUCAACUUUUCGUUUGACUUGUCUUUUAAACAUUCCUUUGAGUGCACUGAUAUGGACAUACACUAUGUAUAUAAUCUUGAAGAGGGGUAGUAGAAAGGAAGUUUUAGAGAUUCAUUUGAAGUUUCAUUUUUAGUUGGUGCUUUGAGAUGGAAGUGAUAUCAUUGUGACAUUAUCACACGAUUUUGGCUUUUAUUCAAGUCCAUAAGAUGAUUACCUAUACAAGGCAUUUUAGGAGAUAAAUAAAAGUCAUAUUUCGCUCGCUACUUUCAAUCCGAGAUCAACGAGGUAAACAAUUGCCAUGUUGCCUUCCCCGGGCUUUGCCCAUAGAAAUCCUGUACAAAGUAGAGGGCAAUAUUGGCCAUAUUUCUACUAGUGCGCUUGCGCAGUAGGAGCCAAUUUUGAUCGCUAAUUUCAGUAUUUCAGAAAUCAGGUUGGAACCAGUUUAUGAACCAACGCAUUGUAGAUAAUGAGCAGUGCGGCCAGUGCAUACACAAACGUAACCCAAGCACAAGAUUUCUACGCGUUGAGUGUAUGUGCGCGCCAUGCAUGAUGCGCGACUGCAAGGUAACAAUUGUUUAUUAAGGGUUACUUCGCUAAGGUAGUGAAUAACCUGAAAUCAGAAGUAGUGAUGAGCAAACAGGCAUAUAAAUUGUUCCAAGUAGUAGCUUGAAUUACACAUUGUACAGCCUUAGUAAAUAAUAAUAAUGACUAGCUCUCCUUUCAGGAAACGUCAAAUAUGUUGCCCUUAAAAGACCCAUAUUUCCCUCGUCUAAAGACUCGGGCCAGUAUGAUUAUGUUGCAGGUGACAUAUUUGAUGUUCCCCUCAAGGCCAGUCAAUAUAUAAUUGUUCAGGAAUGAUUCCUUCAUCCACAUCAGGUAUCAAAAGUGUUAUAAACCUUAAUUUUUGCGGUUAAAUCCAAUGGAACUUGCUUUACAUACGUUUACGUGCUUAAAAUAUUUAAACUUAUGAAAGUAAACGCCCUGAAAUCAUAAUCUCUAUCGCUAAUUUCUAUAUCUCUAUUCCCACAUGUAUAAUAAAUUGUCACUAAUUUUAUUACAAGUCAAAAGAUUGGUCCUUAUUACUUUGGUUAUAUUUUGUGGUUUUAUGAUUGAAAAUUUGAAAUUGUUAAUUGAAACUUGAUCUUAUUUUGUAUUUUUUUAAAUAAAAGGAAUUAAGUUUGUUUCAUUUCUUUUAAUUAAACAUACUGUUGAAAUAUUUGUUUGAAAAAAAAGCCCAACUUUUUUAUGCCUAUUUAUUUGAUAAUGGUAAUAAUUUAAUUUCUUUUUUUUAUAUUUGUUACAGGUCGGACAAUGUAUGUAAUCCCAUUUAGUAUGGGUCCUAUUGGAUCACCUCUUUCAAAGAUUGGUAUUCAGCUUACAGACUCGCCCUAUGUGGUUGCUAGUAUGAGGAUUAUGACAAGGAUGGGGAAGGAAGUCUUAGAUAUUCUUGGAGAAGGAGAAUUUGUGAAAUGUCUGCAUUCAGUUGGGAGGCCGCUUCCAUUGAAAGAGCCUCUGACAAAUAACUGGCCCUGUGACCCAGAGAGGACAAUCGUCUCUCAUAUUCCUGACCGUAGGGAGAUCUGCUCCUUCGGCAGUGGAUACGGAGGAAACUCGCUUCUUGGAAAGAAGUGCUUUGCUCUGCGUAUUGCAUCAAGGAUUGCCAAAGAUGAGGGUUGGCUGGCUGAACACAUGCUGAUUCUUGGACUGACAAAUCCUCAGGGUGAGAAGAAGUAUGUUGCAGCAGCGUUCCCUAGCGCCUGUGGCAAGACAAAUCUAGCAAUGCUUAACCCUACCAUCCCUGGCUGGAAGGCAGAGUGUGUUGGUGACGACAUCGCCUGGAUGAAGUUUGAUAGUAAUGGUAGGCUUCGUGCUAUCAAUCCUGAAGCAGGGUUCUUUGGUGUUGCACCAGGUACAUCAAACUCAACAAACCCCAACGCAAUGGCCACUAUUGAGAGCAAUACUAUCUUCACAAAUGUAGCUGAGACCAGUGACGGCAGGUUUUACUGGGAAGGACUGGAGAAAGAAACACCAGAUGAUGUCAGUAUCACAACAUGGCUUAACCAGGAGAAUUGGACCAAAGACAUGAAGACAUCAGAUGGUAAGAAGGUGUUAGCAGCCCAUGCUAAUUCAAGAUUCUGUGCCCCAGCCAGGCAAUGUCCUGUCAUGGAUCCUGCUUGGGAAGACCCUGCUGGUGUACCCAUUGAUGCUAUCAUCUUUGGAGGAAGGAGACCAGAAGGUAAGGCAUACAGAGAAGAGUUACCAAUUUGAUAUCAUUAUGACACUUUUCCAUCAUG